CUCCGCCCAGGCCCCGCCCCGCUCCUCCCAGCACUGAUAGAAGUGUAGAGCCAGAGCUCCUCCUAGGACAUUCCUUCCCCAAGGGGAAAACAUUUGCCCCCAGGCCCUGCCCAGCAGGGGACCUCCUUCGUCUCCUCAGAGGCCCUCCCAGGGCAAGGAGUGCCUCCACCUGCAUCCUCACCUUCGCCAGCCUCUAGGGCCUGCUGGGCCCGCAGCAGUCAAGCCAAGAUGACGGUGAAGCUGGAUUUUGAAGAGUGUCUCAAGGACUCACCCCGUUUCCGAGCCUCUAUUGAGCUGGUGGAAGCUGAAGUAUCAGAACUGGAGACCCGUCUGGAAAAGCUCCUCAAGCUGGGCACUGGCCUCCUGGAAAGUGGGCGCCAUUACCUUGCCGCCAGCCGCGCCUUCAUUGUCGGCAUCUGUGACUUGGCCCGCCUGGGUCCGCCAGAGCCCAUGAUGGCGGAGUGUCUGGACAAAUUCACGGGGAGCCUGAACCACAAGCUGGACAGCCACGCGGAGCUUCUCGAUGCCACCCAGCACACGCUGCAGCAGGAGAUCCAGACCCUGGUCAAGGAAGGUCUCCGAGGUUUCCGAGAGGCUCGCCGGGAUUUCUGGCGGGGCGCUGAGAGCCUGGAGGCGGCUCUUACCCACAAUGCCGAGGUGCCCAGGCGCCGGGCCCAGGAGGCGGAAGAGGAAGGUUUUUUGACUGCCCGGGCUGGGUUCCGGGGACGGGCGUUGGAUUAUGCCCUGCAGAUCAAUGUGAUUGAGGACAAGAGGAAGUUCGACAUCAUGGAGUUCGUGUUGCGUCUGGUGGAGGCCCAGGCCACCCACUUCCAGCAGGGCCACGAGGAGCUGAGCCGGCUGGCCCAGUAUCGCAAGGAUCUGGGUGCCCAGUUGCACCAGCUGGUCUUGAAUUCAGCCCGAGAGAAGAGGGACAUGGAGCAGAGACACGUGCUGCUGAAACAGAAGGAGCUGGGUGGGGAGGAACCAGAGCCAAGCCUCAAGGAGGGGCCUGGCGGCCUGGUCAUGGAAGGACAUCUCUUCAAAAGGGCCAGCAACGCAUUUAAGACCUGGAGCAGACGCUGGUUCACCAUUCAGAGCAACCAGCUGGUUUAUCAGAAGAAGUACAAGGACCCCGUGACUGUGGUGGUGGACGACCUCCGUCUCUGCACAGUGAAGCUCUGCCCUGACUCCGAAAGGCGGUUCUGCUUUGAGGUGGUGUCCACCAGCAAGUCCUGCCUCCUCCAGGCAGACUCAGAGCGCCUCCUGCAGCUGUGGGUCAGUGCCGUGCAGAGCAGCAUUGCCUCAGCCUUCAGCCAGGCUCGCCUUGAUGACAGCCCCCGGGGUCCAGGCCAGGGCUCAGGACACCUGGCCAUAGGCUCUGCAGCCACCCUGGGCUGUGGUGGGAUGGCCCGGGGAAGAGAGCCUGGGGGAGUUGGACAGGUGGCAGCCCAGGUGCAGAGUGUGGAUGGCAAUGCCCAGUGCUGUGACUGCCGGGAGCCUGCCCCGGAGUGGGCCAGCAUCAACCUCGGUGUCACCCUCUGCAUCCAGUGCUCCGGCAUCCACAGGAGCCUUGGUGUUCACUUCUCCAAAGUCCGGUCUCUGACACUCGACUCCUGGGAACCAGAACUAGUGAAGCUUAUGUGCGAGCUGGGAAACGUCAUCAUCAACCAGAUCUAUGAGGCCCGUGUGGAGGCCAUGGCAGUGAAGAAGCCGGGGCCUACCUGCUCCAGGCAGGAGAAGGAGGCCUGGAUUCAUGCCAAAUACGUGGAGAAGAAGUUCCUGACUAAGCUUCCUGAGAUUCGAGGACGAAGAGGUGGCCGAAGGCCCCCAAGAGGGCAGCCUCCUGUGCCCCCAAAGCCUUCCAUCAAGCCCCGGCCAGGGAGCUUCAGAUCCAAGCCGGAGCCCCCCUCCGAUGACCUGGAAAGCCUACACCCUGGGGCCCUGCUGUUUCGAGCUGCUGGGCAUCCUCCAUCCCUUCCCACCAUGGCUGAUGCCCUUGCCCAUGGAGCCGAUGUCAACUGGGUCAAUGGGGGACAGGAGAAUGCCACACCGCUGAUCCAGGCCACAGCUGCUAAUUCUCUUCUGGCCUGUGAGUUUCUCCUUCAGAACGGGGCGAAUGUGAACCAAGCGGACAGUGCUGGCCGGGGCCCGCUGCACCAUGCGACCAUCCUUGGCCACACGGGGCUCGCCUGCCUGUUCCUGAAACGUGGAGCCGAUCUGGGGGCUCGAGACUCUGAAGGCAGGGACCCUCUGACCAUCGCCAUGGAAACAGCCAACGCUGACAUCGUCACCUUGCUGCGAUUGGCAAAGAUGAGGGAGGCUGAAGCGGCUCAGGGCCAGGCUGGAGACGAGACGUAUCUGGACAUCUUCCGCGACUUCUCCCUCAUGGCCUCAGACGACCCCGAGAAGCUGAGCCGGCGUAGCCAAGACCUGCACACGCUUUGAUCCCAGCCCUGGGGCCCCGGCCCCCGCCCCUCCGCCAGCCCCAGGGCCAUUAAAGCCUCCGUGCCUCGCUCCUC